CUCGCUUGUACUCAUGUAGCAUGCUUCUUCCUCUUCAGAGUGAAACCUCACCGUUCCCGUUGCGCGACUGUCUCACACGUCAUCAACUGCAGCGCGGACGCAAUGGCGGCAAAAGAAACUAAAUUCAAGGUGGCUGCUGCUCAUGCUGCACCAGUGUUCAUGAACAAGGCCGCAACUAUCAGAAAGACAAUUGCCCUGAUAGAAGAGGCUGCUCGAGGAGAUGUCAAGCUGCUUGUUUUUCCCGAAACGUUCAUUCCUGGCUAUCCUUACUGGGCCGAGUGCUACGCCCCUCUGAAGCAAGUCAAUGCUUUGGCUAAAUACGCUGAGGAAUCCGUCGUGGUGGAACCCAACGGAGAGGACAUUGGUGCGAUUCAAGAUGCGUGCCGUCGUACUGGAGUUGCUAUUAACCUUGGCAUCUCUGAACGCGUUGCAAACGGAUAUACUUUGUUCAACUCGCAAGUCAUUGUCGACAACGAUGGCACCAUCCUAGGGGUUCACCGGAAGCUGCAGCCGACUUAUGUUGAGCGCUAUAUCUGGGCCCAGGGCAACGGCAGUUCUCUGCGCAACUGGCCCCUGUCACUUGGAUACAAUCUCGGCGGUCUCGCCUGCUGGGAGCAUACCAUGAAUGGCGCUCGGCAGGCGCUGAUUAUGCAGAAUCAGCACAUUCACGCGGGAGCAUGGCCGGCGCUUUCCACAAUGGCAGGUUUUGAACAGGUUGCUGAUGCACAAAUUGAGGCUCUCAUGAAAAUGCAUGCCCUUACUGCGCAAGUCUUUGUCAUAACUGCAUCCAACUACGUCGAUGAGACGUGUCUCAGCUGGAUGGAAGAGAAUUUGGGACCACAAGACCUUGUCAAGGCAGGAGGUGGUUGGUCAUCGAUCAUAGCCCCAUUCUGUAAUUUCAUUGCUGGGCCUCACGCAGGUGGUGAGGAAAAGAUCGUGCAAGGCGAAGUAGACUUCACGCAACUUGGUGCGGUGAAAGUCUGGAUUGAUGCCGCUGGUCAUUACCAGCGACCCGAGAUUCUGCAGUUCGGCUUCGACGCACGGCCUCACUGGGCUGAUGAAAAGACUGACCGCUUCAAGAUCCGGUCUGAGGACAAGAAUGAGGAACCCAAAGAGUAGUUGCAGUGAUGCAUGCGGCUUAGUACUCUGCGACCGAUAGUGUAAGUUUUUGUAUUAAUGGUAUUUGUUUUGUGUUCUGGAAACACUUUCUA